CGGCCUUCUCUCGGCCUUUCUUUCCCCGUUAGCGGUGAAGGUGCAACAGUAAUCGGUCGUCCCGAGCCCGGGUUCAUCCGACACCCUCACCAACCAGCUGAACUGAGCUCAACCUCCGCAGCAGCAACAUGCCUCCUAAAUUCGACCCCAACGAGAUUAAAGUUGUGUACAUGAGGUGCACAGGAGGAGAAGUCGGCGCCACCUCAGCUUUGGCCCCCAAGAUCGGACCUCUGGGUCUGUCUCCCAAGAAGGUGGGUGACGACAUCGCGAAGGCCACCGGCGACUGGAAGGGCCUGAGGAUCACCGUGAAGCUGACCAUCCAGAACAGGCAGGCAGCGAUCGAGGUGGUUCCUUCUGCCUCAGCUCUGAUCAUCAAGGCUCUGAAGGAGCCUCCCCGUGACAGGAAGAAGGUCAAGAACAUUAAGCACAGCGGCAGCGUGACCUUCGACGAGAUCGUCGGCAUCGCCCGCGUCAUGAGGCCUCGCUCCAUCGCCAGGGAGCUCUCCGGAACCAUCAAGGAGAUCCUGGGAACCGCUCAGUCCGUCGGCUGCACCAUCGACGGGCGCCACCCCCACGAUGUCAUCGAUGACAUCAACAGCGGCAAAGUGGAGUGCCCGUCUGACUGAACAGGACGCCAAUAAAGAGGAGAAAAACAGAAA